GGCGCGCAUGCGCGCCGGCGGCCGCACGUGCAAGCCUGGCUGACCACGCCCCUUUCCCCCCCCAGGUCCAAAGAAUGAAUCCUCCGGGCUGCCGAUUCUUACCAUAGAGGUGGGACGGUCUCUCUCCGACUUCUCGGGGAAGAGCCGGAAGCGCGCUCGCCAUCCGGAAAUGACGACGUUUGAUGCGGCCAGUGCGAGGCCGCGGCGUUGCUGCUGAGGGCGGCGGUGUCGUAGAAGGCGAAGGCGGCGUUGGCCCGCAGGCGUCUCCGGAUUCUCUUUGCUGCCUCUUGACCCACCCACCCCGCCCAGCGCGCCAUGGUGUCUUACCACAUCCGCGAGUACCGUCCCGGGGACCACGAGACCGUGCGCGACUUGUUCGCCACCGGCAUGAGCGAGUACGUGCCCACCCUCUGCCUCCACAUGCUGAAGCAGCCUUGGGUCAUCCUGAUCCUGGCUUGCACCUUCAGCCUCCUGCUGACCAGCUCCAAGUCGUUGCUCUUACCCAUCCUGGCCAUCACCUUGCUGUUGGCCGUCGGGCAGCAGCUCCUGGGUUACAUCUGGUCCAUGUACAUCGACCACUGCCUCCAAGAAGACCUGCUGGACAUUCAGGCCACGUACCUGGGCCACAAAGGCUCGUGCUUUUGGGUGGCCGAGGUGGACGAAUGCGUGGUGGCCACCGUCGGGGCCAGGCCCGCUGAAGGGCAGCGGAACGAACUGACGUUGAAACGCAUGUCCGUUCGGAAGGACUACCGGGGUUUCGGCAUCGCCAAAGCGCUUUGCAAGACUGUGAUCGCUUUCGCCCAGGAACACGGCUACUCUUCGGUGGUGCUGAACACCCUCAUGGUCCAGCACGAAGCCCGGGCGAUGUACGAAGGGGUUGGCUUCCACAAAUACCACCACUACGUCCUCCCCACCAUCUACGGCAGGCUGGCCCACUGUACGAUUUCCAAGUAUCGCUACGACCUCCCUAGCGCCGAGUGAAGCAACCUGACUGAGGAGGUUGCCUUCCCGGCGAUCGGCUGGAUCCGCCCUGGCGUUCCCACCUUCCUUCAUUCCUCCACCUGGGACGCAUCGGGUGGGAAGCCGACCCAAGGGCAGGUGGGGUGAGGCUUUUGACACGCACUGUGAAAGAGAUGUGUCUCUCCACUUCUGGAUCUUG